AUGAACAAAUUUAAUAACAUUUAUUUCAUCUUCUUAUUCUUCUAUGCUACGUUAAUCGCUUCACUUUCAAUUCCACACAGCGAUCUCAGAAAAAGAACUCCUGGUGGUAAAUUUACCCAAUGUCUUGGCACCUACCCUAUUGAAAUUACUGGGGCCAAGUACACUCCACUAAUAUAUGCACCCGGACAAAUUACAACCAUGCACUUGAAAGGGACAAGCUAUAUUGUAAUUGAACCAAAAACCAUCUUGGUUGUGAAUGGCUUCCUUGAGAAUAAAUUAGAAUUACAAUUUCAACAUGUAGUCGAUUAUUGUCAAGUAGUCGUCGAACCCAAUAAUUUGGCUUGUCCGUUUCCAGCAGGACAUUUCGACUUUACCUUCCCAUGGAUGGUUGAAGUUAAACCUGAUCAACCUAAGGCCCAAAAUAUCAAUUAUUACGUAAACGUCACUACUUUAAGUCCAGAUAAAUCCCAACUUUUAUCGUGUAUAGAAGGUAUAAUUACCGUGGCAUACCCUUAA